CACUCCCUCCCCUCCACUCACAGUCUCAGCUGCUGCCCCGCACUCCACCGACUUGGCGACUCCGACAUUUACUCUGUCCUCCUUUACAGCUCCAGCUCCAGCUGAAUUCAAUUGAACUGGUCCGACUUGAAUGUGCUCUGCCUCGUUGAAUCCCAUCAUUCCCACUUCCCAGCUCGCUCCGACCCUCAGUCAUCUGCGCCCCUCUGAUUCCUUCAUUUACUCAGUUGCCUUGAUCGUUCUGUAAUUCUCGAGACAGAGUUUUGCGUCGGAGAGUGGAGCUGGUCAUUCGUCCGAGGACAAUUUCUUUGGAUUCGUGGGGUGCUUGGAUUUCGACAGAGAGAGAGAAGGAGAAGGAGACAUAGGAGUAUGACAUCCGUGCCUGGGGAAAGGCCGGUGACUGUGGAAAUCCGGGAUCUGAAGUUUACUUAUCCGGGAAUAGACGGGCACCCCCCUCCAGGUGCCAAGCCGUUGAUCGAAGAUUUCUCCCUCACAUUGAGAGCAGGGGAUCGUUGCCUUCUGGUUGGCGCCAAUGGAGCAGGCAAAACUACUCUGUUGAAAAUUCUGGGGGGAAAGCACAUGGUUGAGCCGGAUAUGGUCCGAGUCCUGGGAAGAUCAGCAUUUCACGACACGGGUCUCACGACCAGUGGAGAUUUGGCUUAUCUAGGCGGAGAAUGGAGGAGGGAUGUGGCGUUCGCUGGCUUCGAUGUGCCUCUACAGAUGGACAUUGCAUCUGAGAAGAUGAUUUUUGGUGUGCAAGGUGUUGAUCCCGAAAGAAGGGCCAAGCUUAUUAAGGUGCUGGAUAUCGAUCUCAACUGGCGGAUGCACAUUGUGUCAGACGGGCAGCGACGGAGAGUUCAGAUCUGUAUGGGUCUUCUACGGCCUUACAAGGUGCUUCUACUGGAUGAAAUCACCGUAGACCUUGAUGUCUUAGCAAGAGCUGACUUAAUCAGCUUUCUGAAAGAAGAAUGUGAACAAAAUGGAGCCACCAUCAUUUACGCCACUCACAUUUUUGAUGGUCUGGAAUCAUGGCCCACACAUAUGGCGUACGUUGCAGAUGGGAAAUUGCAGCUUGCUAAGCCCAUUGGGGAAAUUAGCGACUUGAAAGAGCUCUCACUCAUGAGAGCUAUUGAGAAAUGGCUGAGGAAAGAAUUAGAAGAGCAAAGGCGCAUCAGAAAGCUAAGGCGAGCACAAGGUCUGCCCGAGUACGACAGGCCAGUCGAGGGAUCAAGAGUUGCUGGAGGAGAUCCAGCAAAGGCUCAACUCCUGAACAAUGGGUGGGCUGGGGGUCGUUUACAUUCUACUCUUGCUGGUGAAGACAAGGCUCAGUUAUACGAUCUGAGCUCGAACAGAGUGUUAAGAUAGACGAGCGCCGCAUUAAUUCUGUAGAUUGUUAGACUGUGUUACAGUUGUCUCAAAGGGCCGUUUUUCAUUCGUCUAGCAGUAGUUGAAGACUGUUAAUGAUCUUUGUCCAGUAGUUUAUUCUUUCUAUUGUUUGAGCUUUGUAGCGAGCUCCCCAUUCAUCGAACAUCACCAGACAGCAGGCUAGAUUCAGCAGAGCAAUGAUAGGUUUUAGGAAUGUUGACCAAAGGUCACGCUUCUCAUUUGUAUUCUCAAAGUCAAAUUAUACAUCAAGAGAGUGUUAUGCACACAUUUGUCCUU